AUGCUUAUAUGGACAGCCAAGGCAUUCCCAGAUCCCUUCGCAGGAUCCUCCUACGGCCACGAUACCCUCUCAAAGCUUCAUUGCAUCUUCUCACGAAUCAUCCUUUUCAUUGAGGACUACGUUUCAAAGGCCACAGACCCAUACCCACCUCGAGCGUACCUUGCGCUGCCCAAUAUAUCGGGUGGCGACAGGCUAUUUAAGGGUAAGACUGUGGGUAUCAAGCCCGUCUCUUUUAGUUCCCUAAUGGCCUCUGAAAAGCGUCGCUUCGUCGGAGCCUUUCUGAAGCAUGAGAUGAUAUGCAAGGUAUAUAACCCACAAGUCUGGAGCAUGUUGAAAGACACUCACUACGCUACUUUGCUUGCAGAAGAAGAAAAGAAGCUACUUUUCACAGAGCUCAAGGAGCUGUACUGUGUUCAUGAGUACAUGAAAGCUGCUUACGGGGCGAUAUUCGCACAUUGUCAAGAUUCUUGGCUCCCAGAUCGACCCGCCGUCUCCGCUUCAGAGGUAUCUAAUCCUCAAGGAUUAUUGGCUCCUACUAAGUAUGGACUGCUCUAUCCUGAUACGGUAUAUUUCAAUCCGGCCGCUUACUUCGAAGCUAUCAAUGACACACGAUUUGAUCGACUGCCAAAUCUUCUUCCCUACUUUGGACUGGACCUUCUCACAAAGAUACUCUUAUCAUUCAAGGCAGGACAGAAAUUCGCUUCUCCUCCGAGCCUUGCUCUUGGGACAUGGGCGAACACUUCUUCUCACGACACGAGGAGUCGGUUUCUCAUGACUCAGCCAUAUUCUUUCGGGGGCUACAUUAAGAAUCAUGCCGAAAACGUACCGCAACUCUUCAGCAGUAUAAUGGAUUCCACUGGCUCAUCAGCAGAGCACCUCCCGACCAUGGAUGAUCUGGAUGAACAACGCCGAGCUGCAAGCGAGGUAAUGACUCCAUCCUAUGAACGCCCCCGACGAAGAUCCAAAAAAUGGCAGGAUUGGUAUUCGGGGCGAAGUUUGGAGAGUCCACUGGAGCAGGAAGCAGUAGAAUGGGGUAGGGAAAUAGAGCUGGUGCCCUAUAACGCUGAUUCUCUUGGACGUUUCUUUGAAAAGCAAACCCAUGGCAAGAUCGCCACAUUUUGGCGACGGGAGGGGGAUAAGAACUGA